UAAGAGUUUUAGCUUAAUGGGGGAGUUUUCGUUUCAGGCGUGUUUGCGGGAUAUCACUCAGCCCCUCCUAUCCCUCAAAAGGAGGAUUCUUCUUAGUGACUUGCGUUUUUAGCGGAGCUCUCACGCGCGCAUAGCGCGUGCAGCGGAGCACCAAGGGUAAGCAAAUUUGGUUAUCCAUGCAUCCAAGAAAUUUUGGUUGUGAGAAAAUCUCCCCUCUGACCGUAUGUACGUCCACCCAUUCAUGUAAAGCGUGGUGAAAUUUCGCGCUUAAAGCACUCGCGCGUUUCGGCAGUACAUCGAAUGGUCACCUGGACGUUUUAAGAGAAAGAAACAACAACAAAGGUCGAGUCUUUCUUUCGACUAAAUUUUAAUGUCUAUGUUACAGGUCAAAAUUAAAUUCAGGUUAAAACCUAGGUUUAACCUCGGUUGAUUCUCAAUUCCUUUGUCUUCUAGUCCUAAUCAUUCAUGAAUUAGGGCUAGGAAACAAAGGAAAUUGAGAAUCAACCUAGGUUAAAAAAUUUUAACCUGUAACAUCUACAUUAAUGUGGGUAACGGAGAAAGAGCUAGAGACAGAGAUAAAAAACAUAGGAGACAAAUUUCGCUAGAAGAGAAAAUGAGAAGUCCUAGGGGCCACCGAGGUGGAAAUGAGCGGCCGUAAAAAGAAAAAGCCAACAGGGAUACAUACGACAGUUGAAGAAGUUUCCAGAAGUUUCACUUUGUAGUCGUGCAAAAUAACGGCAAAGAAAUGUGCAUUUGCAGCAAGUACAAGGCGCAAAGUUGCUUUUGCUUAUAAGACCAAUGGAUGUUUUUGUCGACCUCGUUGCCUUCGCCAUUGAGCAAAACACGAUUUAGCCCUGAUUAAAUGUAUAUAUUAUUAUAUAUAAGUUAAUUGCUUUUAUUAUAAGUUUGUAAAUGGAGGCUUCGCUUUUAGCCCUGGCUAAAUCUACAUAUUAUAGCAAGAUGGUGCUAAUAAUUCUUUAAGAUUUCUUAACCGUCAAAAAGAUGGUACAAUAGAAUUAGAAGGAAAGCCCUUUCAUUCUAUGAUCAUUUUUUGAUGAUGCGACCCACAUCGGGUAGGUUUGGAUUAACAGAUUAUUGUAGUCACAAAUGGAAAUAAUUUCUUCGUAUUUUUUUUACUUGGUUAAGCAAGUCACUUUUGGAAACGGUAGUUUUUGUAAGCUUAAACAUGGAAGUUUUUAAAUUGAUAAAUUAUCACUGAAAGGAAAUAUUAUUAAACAAAUAGAUGUGGUUAACGGUCAACCUAUGUCAGCAUUGCCUUUUUUAAAAUUGGCACAGGCUGCAUCAAGUUUUCAGCAUCGAUUAGUGUCUGUGUAAUUGAUUAUGUGCUUGAUUAAAUCAUUAAGUAUUGUAAGCACCUUUUUAUUUACUUCUUAUUAGGUUUACUUGGACAAUGGAGCCCAGGUAAGAAUUAUAAUUCAGUAAAUUGCUUUAUAACGUGAUAGAAUAUUAAUUCUACCAAAGGGCAUUAGCCAUUCACCCUUUACCAUUGUAUUUUCAAGAUUGAAGAAGCAGUUUAUCAUUGGUGUGCUGUAUUCAUUCAUUUGUGUUUCUAAAGAUCAAUACAAAUUACCUUGUUGGAUUGCUGCAAUCUAAAUUACUUUAAAUAUCACUAUUGACAAGUGCAGUUAUGUUUCACGUUUAGGACUCACUGCUUUCUCUACCCUUCUUCUUUGUCAGUGUUUCAUUAUUUUCAGUGGAGUGCAGCAGGAAUUCCGCACCUAUGUGCAGGCUAAAUAUCAAUUUCAGGGAUGUCACUAAAAUUCAAUUUGCCCGGUAAAUACAACAAGUAGGCGGGGAAUAAAACAGCUAAGGAUUUCUUUUGGUUCUAUUUUUCUUCUAUUCCCCACCUCUUAAUGACAGCCCUGAAUUUAUUGUUGAACAAGGCUAGAUAUGUACAAUUAUCCAGUUUAAGUAUGGUGUUAUUGGCUGAGGUGGUUAAAACCCACUGAGAUAUGCUGCAAUGCAUAUUCUUCAUAUCAUUUACGCUGUAAAAUCCUGCCCAAUAAUUAGAAUGGUUUACAGUAAAAGCCCACAAGUAAGAACCUGGUUUUUAAGAAUCUGGUAGGCUAAAAUUUGCCAGUUAGGCCCCCUCUAUGCAAGAGCCUGUUUACCCUGAAAUCUGAAACAGGUUCUUAUCCUCUUUAGAGACAUAGAUGCCUUAUUACCCCAACUGCAAUGUUGUGGUAUGCAGAUUUUAUGUAAGGAAUAAGACAAAUACCACUAAAUAAUCUUAGAUACAAUAUACUUUUUCAUCAGAAAAUAAGAAACUAUUUAAGAACCUAUAUAGCUUAAAUUUUUGUAAGAACCUCUUUAGGCUAACUUGGGAAAAUGCAGGUUUUUCCUUGCCGGUUUUUAAUGUAUGAUUCAUUGAUAGUAUUUCCUAACAUCCAUUUGUAAAAUUAUUACGAAACAUUUGUCCAUUUCUGGUCCGAUUUAAAUGCCAAGCAUAUUUCUUCAUAACAAGCAAGUAUUAGUCAAAUGGAAGAUGUGGAAUAGAUAUUUUUUCUAUCUGUGAAUUUACAAUUUAUGUCAAUCGUAAAAUAGCACAAAAAUUAUUGGAUGAUGGCAUCAUGCAUAGAGAGCCGUACAGUGACUAGUCGCUGGCGUCACACUGAAUGGUCACCUCCUCACCCACAUCGUAGUUGCGUGGAACAGGGUGGUCUGUCACUAGCCUCUUAAUACUUUCAAUGGCUUUAUCAUACUGUGGCUGCCAGCAUCAAACUGCAUUCUUGACAGUGAAUCGGCAAAGAGGCUCUCUUACAUCUGAGUUAUAGGAAUUUCGCAAGGUAGUUUACAGAAACCACGAAAAGUGCUGAAAACGUGUAUUCCAUCCGUUUUUGGCAUUUCAAUCACUGCUGUUACUCUCUGAGGAUCUGGGCGGAGUCUGGCCAGUAGCUGUAAGCAGGUGUCCCAUGCUAAGGAUCUUAUUUCGUGCGUAGCUUCAAUUUUUGCUUGUUUAGCUUCAGAUUGCACUCCUAGAGGCUUCUUUCCAGAAUACUAGAAUAGCUUCUGCUUCAGAGUCGCUCACGCCGUAAACAGGAAUGUCAUCAGUAAUAACUUCCACUCCAUGCAGGUCUUCAAGGACUUCAUCCUGCAAUAGUCGGAAUGCCUCUGGUGCUUUGCAUCACGCCAAAAGGCACAUUAAAAACAAGCGAUACCUCGCAAAAGGGGUCAAGAAUGUUGUGAGAUAGCUUCUUCUUGUUCAAGUGCAAGGUUAAGAUCCUUAAGGGCUAAUGCACAUCCUCAAUUUUCGUGAUGGUUUCCAUACAGCCACCAUAUGACUAAUACAACCAGUGGGUGUAAUAACUUUUUCAACACUUGCUUUUGCUUGAGUUCUGCAAUCGUCUUCCUUAGUCCAGGCGUUGGAGGCAUAGCCACUCUGAGUGGUGUUAACAGGUUUAACCCUCUUCUCCACUUUAAUACAGUAUUCACCAGGUAGACAUCUCAUGUCAGAGAAGACAUCGUUGUAGUGUGUGCUAAAGAACUCAAGGUUUAAAGGACCGGACCUGGUGGCACUUGUGCUGCUGUAGGGACUGUUUGUGGACCUUUUUCCUUUACUUCUUCCUUUUUCCGGUGACUCUGUCACUGCGCUUAACUCUUAGCAAACCAAGUUAUUCCCAAGUUAAGGCUUUUAGGGGCUUUUGAUCCACUUUUCCCACGUGGAACGCAAGAAACCAUCUCUUCCUUGGCGAUAGCAAUACAGCUUUCAGGCUCCCAUGGGAUGCAUGACUGACAUCAUGGUACAGUCGUAGCUUGGAACCAGAGUUGAGCAGUUUAGGAUCUCCAAAUUUUACAGUACUCAGCAUAUCUAGCUAAUGUGGUUACAUGUGGAGCCACUGUCCAUUUAACCGGAUACACAACUAGGGUCUUCUCCUUCAAUGCUUUAGUCAAGUGUAGCGAAACACUUUUUUCUUCGAGAUUUCAAUCUUCAUCAGACUCAUCAAAUGAAGAUUCUUUCAGAUCCAGUUUGAUAACAUUUCCAGACACUUGUUUUUUCUGCAAACCUUAGCAAAGUGAUACAGCUUCCUACAGUUGGAACAAGUACAGUGUGACACCAAAUGUUGGACACUAGCUGCUUCCGUUUUUGGGGGUGUUUUCCACCACAGUAUUUACAGGGACAUGACGUUGUUUCUUUUUUCUCUUCCUUUCUUUUCCUUCUCCUUCUUCUCUUCUUGUUGUGCUUGAUUUAAAUUCUUUUAUUUCACUGCUUGGACACAUCUUCCUAGAGGUCAAUUUUUGUUUUUUGAAGCAUCCGAGCUUGAACACUUUAGUCUCUAAUUUUAAGCACCAGUCUAUCUCAAAUCAAGUUGUUCUAGAGAGUGACAAACUUGCAUGUUGAUGCUAGUUGUGGAAGCUUUGUAGUGUACUGUGCAACCAUUUAUCCUUUGCUCUGCUGACAACUGUUGAAUAUAAAGCGUUCAUAACUAGCAUUUCUAGUCAGCUAAAAAUGAUCUGGCAAGGCAGUAAGAACGGGACCGAUUUUUGGUUGAUUGCUGUCUGCUGUCUUAAUCUGCUUCAAAACUCGGAAACGCUUCUUUUCCAUAACAGACAACAACAUAGCUACUCGAAUUUCCCGUCUUUUUAUAGCUGGCAGCAACCUUAUAUUUUUCAAAUUGUAAAUGAAAAAAUGUCAGCAGUGCUCAAUACCUUGUUUCAGAAAGCAUGCCAUUUUUAUAACACAACAAAUAUUGUUAUGUUAAUUAUAAAUACAUUGAGGUCAGGGGAAUGUGGCAUAAUUAUUGUUGUAACAGCUGGAAUUGUUCAGGAAUUGACAAAUAUUUUGUAUGAAAAAUUUAAUAAAUUCGAAAUGAUUAAUUAUCUGAUAUUAUUAUAUAGACACGAGUGUUUUACUGGAAAAUAUACCACUCGUAAAAUUCAUUUAAACUACAUCCGGGACCCGAGUGGUUUAUUUUCCAUAAUCUCACACGUGAGUUUAUUGAUGACGUAAUUUAGGUCAUUUCCCUCUAUUAUUUUAUCGAUGUCUCUUUGUCUAUAUCAUAAAAAGAACAUUACACGGCGGCUUGAAGAUAUGAAUUUUAUUUUCGAGUGGCAAAACAAUAUUUUACGAACGAGCGCAGCGAGUGAGUAAAAUAUUGUUUUUGCCACGAGCGCUACCGCACUACCGUGUAAUAUCCUCUAUAUAAUUUAAUUAAUGUAAUAUCCGUUUAAUAUCCGUGUAAUAUCCUCUAUAUAAAUUAAUUUUUUUUGCUGACAGAAUAGUCUACUCAGUUCUUGCACCACUUGCCAGCAUGUCCUUUAAACAUCUUUCAAGUCAUUGCAGUAGGUGUAAAAUAAUUUUUAAUCAUGCAUUUUGUAAAUUUUUAUAAUUAGAUCAAAUCACCUCAUGACAAGGGGAUUUCCCAGUGUAUAAUGGAAAACAAGGCACCAUGGUCAGAUUCUUGGGACCUAAGCAUUUCCAGUCCACUAAUAAAGGACCCUUAUGAUGAGAUACGCAUUUCAUACUUUGAAGACGUCAAAAAAUAUUCCCUUUACAGGUAACAAGAUAAAGGUAUUUUUCAAAUUAAUGUAACCAGCUUUAGCCCUUUGCAAUUAGGCAGGCGUUGCUGUUUUGCCAUGUAAAAUUUGUAUAGUCUUGUCUUACGAUGAGUGGGCGAUAAUCAAUGAUCUUUUUCCAAAGGGAUUAUUUUGUUUGAUCCGUCCAUCUGCAUGGGCAUCCAAAAGUCUGCAUUUUUGCAGUUUUAUCUGAUUUUCAGUGACCUUGAAAAACACAUAAACAACGAUGAAUUUCGAGAAUAUCAAAUGUAAACAAAACAGAUUUAUCAAAUGGUUCUAAAUUAUUUGUUUAUAAAAGUUAACCGAAUUAUUUACAAAAACAGCAGAAAGAGCACCUGAAAGCAUGCUUUAUCAAAUCUCUUUGCGCAGCAGUCUGUUAAAACUAUGCAGGGGUUAUGUUUCUGAACUAUCCCAAUGAUCUUCUCACACACGUUUUUGAAUCUACCAUGAGGUGAAACUUCCUUUGAAAAUUGCUUCUUUUUCUAUGGAUUAUUGCUGAACAUCAGGAUUGUCCAAUUUUCACAGAAUUUCUAACCAUAAAAACUUCAUCCCAAAACAUUUUGCUUCAAACUUCACAAACAGUGAGGCAGCUAUUAGAGGAACAAGCGCUCAUAAAUGAUUUUGGAAAAAACAUAAUAACUAAUAAUAAUUUAAUUCUUACAUUGCACAGGUAUUCAUAAAAAUUGUCAAAUGCGCAUUACGUUAGUAAUAAAAGCAUGACAAAAAAAAACAAAACAAAACAAAACAAAAAACUACAAACCUAUUUACCAAAAAAGCAUGUGCUGGCAGGUAAGGCGCUCAUACAGCUAUCCCUCAGUGCUGAGAAAUAAUAUGGGUGCAAAUAAAAUAGGUAAUGACUUUGUCUCAAUUCAGCACUGUCAUGAGUCUUGAAGGUGAGAAAUUGUGGAUUUUCUCUGAAAUAGUUCAACAAUGUGAUGAUAAUGUUGUACUUUUCCCACUACAAACCCUUUGUUAUUCCCUGUUUUGCUCUACACUUCUUAAAGUGUGGAAGUGGAAAAAGUGAGAAAGUAUGGGAUAGUCUGACAAUGUAAGGAUGUUGCACUUUUUUCCACUACAAACCCCUAUUUUGCUUUACACUUGUUGAGGUGUGGAAGUGUGCAACACAAAGUUGGUGUGAUGUGGACGUGUUCUAACACCUUUGUCCUUGAGUCUGCAAUCCUUUCCAAAAUUUAUGAAUGGUCAAUGGAUAACUUCAGAUAAUAUGACUAUGAUGAUCAGAGUAUGACCAUAUCAUGCAAGCCUCUAGGUGCUCUACUUUGACGGCUAUCAGUUGGCAGUGAUAGAUCGCUUAUUAGUACUUAACGAAGGAACGCUAUUAUUGCGAUUCUCAUUUCCAUGCGUGGGUUAGUAUGACAUUGUACACUUAAUGUCAGAUCCCGAGGGAAACAGUUAGUUUUGUUUUCCCGAGAGUCCUAUAUUUCCCGAGAAGAAGUCGAGGGAAACAUCAGCACUCGAGACACUAGCUGCUGUUUUUCUUCUGGGAACUUCUGAGAUAACUGGAAAAAUCGUUGGUUUUUACCUUGAGGAUUCAUGUUUGCGUUGUUGUGUUCAUUCACGAAAAUGAAAACUGGCAGGACCUGGCAGUAUUCUUCCCGCCUUCUGUCACGCCACUUUCCACCAUGCUUUGAUCACGUUCUGUAAUGCAGCCCGAGCGGGGUACAUUGCUUAAUGUAUCACGAUCGGGAUACAUUUGAUUUUAGUCAAGGCCACGUGACCAAGAAUCAACCAAUGGCAGUCCCUGUUUAGUUGAGUGAAAGUCUAGGAAUAUAACAAUUCACAUUGGUUUAUGCGUGGAGAGGUGGAGUUACAGUUGCCAUGAAUGUGGUCACUUGAUAACCCAAAAUUGCUCGACCAGUAAUUAUAUACUGGCUUUCUUAUCCAUAAUGCUCCAGGCAAAGCAAGCUCCUUUAAAAAUUAAAUAGAGUAUAGUGGACUGCGACAUGCUUGAGAAUGAUAUGUAAGGGUUUUUAAAUGUUUUUUGGCUCUCUGUUCCUCUUCCUUACAAUUUUUCUUUGGUUUCAAAUUUCCUUGGAAACGUUAAAUGCCAUUAUGCAAAGAAAAAGAACGUGUGGCUUACUUAAAGGAGCUGUGUCACGAAAUUUAUCAAAAUUCAAACAGUUGGAACUGCCACCAAAGUGAAUGAAACAGUGCUCAACAGAUUACAAGAAGGUAUUUAUUUUUAUUACCACAGCAAAUAAAAAAGGAAGUACGGAUGGACAAUUGUGGUUUUUGAAAACUUGUUAGCCUAACAGUUUUUCUAAGUUCAUUUUUUUGUAUGUUACCUUUGACAUAUUGCUUGGCCUAUUAGAUUUUUGUUUAGCAGGAAGCCUUGCUUUUAUAAGUCACAAGUUAUUUCUCGAGUUCAAUAAAUUGGUCGGAGCAUCUUAGCCAUUUGUGCCAUUCAAGCAGAAAGUUCUCGUCCCUCUUGGGAUGCACUUUUUUUUUUUAAUAAAGUUAUUUUUAGUAUAGCUUAACACAAUUAUUUAUCUUCUACAGCAUGUUAUUCUAAAUUUUACCAUUCAAAGCAAAAUAACAAUUAUACUGAAGCAAUGAUUCUUUUUCUCAUUCAGAGAGGAGAAUAGCAAAACCAAAUUGAAGUAUACAUUCACUCCCAUGCAUGGUGUUGGACAGAGAUUUGCUGAAUUGGCAUUUGAAGCUUUCAACUUACCUCCAUUUGUGUCUGUCAGAGAGCAGGUGACUUCAGUAGCAUCCUCAUUACUUCAUACCUCUCAUCUGAACUGGCAUUUUGAUUGUUCAUUACUGCGUGUGAUCUGAUAGAAUACAGAUACAGAGCUGGGCUGGGUUGUUCAAAGCUGUGUUAAGAUAACCCACGGCUAGGGCAAAAUUUGAAUUCAGAUAUGAAAGCUUAAGAAGCAAAUCCAGUUUAACCCCAAGUGUAUGACUUGACAAUUGGAUGCUCUCUAAUAGAGAAAAUUAUCCGAAAAAAAAGCUUUUGAACAAAGAAAAAGAAAUCGUUAUUGAAAAUUUAACCUUGGGUUAGUGCCAAUUAGCCUUCCAACAACUGGGCUCUGACGAAUGACUUUUUAUGCAAUAUGGUAGACAGUUGUUGUAUUUGAAAUUGGAAACAAGGAAAAGCUUGAGAGAAGCUCUUCAUUAGUAAGAGAAAAAUUCAUAGGAAAUUUGUAAUUUCUAAGUGUUGACAAACCGCUGAAGUUAGAAAAAUCUUUAAACUAUCAUGAAUUUUUAUUUCGAGGUAUUUCACAUAACUAGUAGUAAGAGUAAACAUUAGUUUGUGGUAAUUGAAACAAUUUUAUGGAUAGUGUGUCUAUCAUACCAUUAGCGAUGGACAACAGCAAACCAUGUUUUAUUUUACUUGUUACUCUUUCGUCACGAAUUUUUUUAUGCCUGAGUCUUUUUAACUUUACUGUCUGCAGAUGGUUCCAGACCCUGAGUUUCCAACUGUAAAAUACCCCAAUCCGGAGGAAGGAAAAAGUGCCCUGGUGAGUAGAGAUAAAUUUGUAAUGGCGAACUUUAUAAUAAUUAAUAAUAAUUUUCGGGCGCAAUCACAGACAAACAUUCGAAUGAGCCGUGGAACUGGUUUGUUUAGAGUAGCAUCCCAGGGGCUCUGUCGCCCGUUCUCGAAAACAUUCGUCGUCAAUAUUCCUGACCCAACUGACCGCCCCUGGGUCUCCAAGGAUGGAGAAAUUUAUGCGUGCAGGAAUAUGUUUCGGUGAGAAUCAUUAGCAUAAUUACCCUUUCGCUGAUGUCAUCACGUGAAGAUGAUAGGGCGACCACUUUGUGUGGAGAAAGGUUAGAAGCCUCUGAGCUCGCACACUCAAGCUAAAAGCAACGCUGAGUAAUCAACGAGCCACUCAGAGCAAUACAGAGUAAAAAGCACCUUUGCACUUCUCACAGCAACUGUAAGUAGCGACUCCUGAUUAAUCAAUUAGCAACUAAUAGCAAAGCUGAGUACUGAAUGAGCCUCUCAGAGCAACACAUUGUAGAACGAUUACCUUUGCGCAUUUCAUACCAUUUCUAAGUAAUCAAUGAGCAGCUAAUAGCAACGUAGAAUAAGGUGUUUGGUGCGUUUUAUAAGAACAUGUUGCAAUGAGCAUGCGUGCUUUCCAAUCUGAAAAAGAUUUGUGUUUUGAGGUGGGGGGAGGAGGAUGUGGAAAAUUGUGCGUAUCUCUGGAAAAUCCUGGCUACGUCCGUGUGAAAGGUUACCAGACACGUCACUUGUCAUUCUCUUUCAUUACCACUGUUUCUAGCUUUUAUGGGCAUUGUCAUUUGGUACCAGCAUCUUUACAAACAUCUUAAUCUAGUAUGAUGAUAACGUAUUUCAGUGAAGAUCGAGAGUCUUUGUGUAGGUGGUACCAGUAUAGCCCUGAUGCCAUCAGUAAAAAAUCUCGGAUCCUGGUUAGAUGGAAACUUGACUAUGGUGACACAUAAAGACGUUUUUUAAAGCCAUGUCUUUCCAUCUGUGUACAAAAUAAGGAAUAUUAGAAAGUACCUUACCAGUGAGGCCACUUAGUCCCUUGCGGAGACUACUUGCAACAGCAGGCUCCUAAAAUACAACUGCUACAUCUAUUGCUAAGAUAAGUAGAUACAGAAUUGUGCGGCCUGGUUCGUCUUUUAAACGUCUGCACUGGCUUGCAGUUUCCAGGAUUUAAUACAAAAUAUUGAUCCUAACUUUUAACAAAGGCACUUUAUGCUGUCGCACCAUCUUAAAAUUAUUUAUAACUUUAUCAAGAUUACCUGUGAUCGUGCAAGGAACUGUUGAUAAAGGUACCAGGCGUAAAAACCAAGAAAACUCUCAGAGAUAAAUCUUCCCAAGUAGCAGCCCCUAGAUCGUGGAAUAAAUUUCUCUCGGAAAUUAAAGCAAUUAGAAGUUAUGAUCUUUUGAAAGGAGCAAUUUAGACGAACUUGUUCAAGAAAGCAUUUGUAUGUUACAGUUAGAGCCUCGGUUAGCAUGACUUCUAGCGAAUUGUAGUUUCAAAUGUUAGCCUACAACAGUAAUUGUUAUUCUGUUCCUUCUCGGAUUGCUUUGUUUGUUUGUUUCAGUAUUUUUGGUUUGCGUAAUUUUUUGUUAUUUACAACUUGUACUCAGGACCUUGCCAUGAAUACUGCUAACGAGAGUAACUGUACUGUUAUUCUGGCCAACGAUCCUGACUCUGACAGAAUGGCCCUUGCAGAGAAACAACCAAGGUGAGAGGAAAAUUUAACACCUUUACUCCAAGCUUAUUAACAUGCGUCGAGCACGGCUUCUGUAUCACAUUUAUAUAAAGAAUGACUCAUUUUUGUAUAAGAACAUACGGUAUCUAGUAUCUAGAGUGUAGGUCCCAGUUGUUCAAAGGCCGGAUAGUUCUAUCCACUGGCUCAAACACUUUCCAGUAGGUAAGUAGGAGAGAAACUAAUUAUGGUAUCCAGUGAAAAGAGAUUUAUACGCCACCUUUUAGACAACUAGGGACAAUGCCCUUAAAAGCUCCCCAUGCAGUGAACUGUACGAGCCAUAACUUUUUCUGCCAACUGCUUUCAACCGCCUAAUCUGCAGUCUUCAAUGGUAAAGAGAUUUAGAAAUGAGAGAAACUCUUAAAUAAGAGUUGUUUCAAAAGUUAUUUGCGGAUCCAUUAACUUUGUAAGGAUUUGCAAUUUUGUAGAUUUGAUACUCUUCAAUAAUGAUUUGUACAAAAAAUGCGAUUUGAAAUAGUUUUUAUGGAUUUGCAAAAUAUUUUCGGAUUAUUCAGUUUCAGUUUAUUGUUUUGCCAUAAGUUGUACAAAAGCAAGGAAAUCUAAUUAUUUAAACUCUCAUGGCAAGGAAGCCCAAGAGAAGCCACCGGGCUUAUAAGGAAUGGGCUCCCUCAAUUAAAUAAUACGAACAAAAUAUUACCAUAAUUACACUUGGAAAAAUCAAUGGCAGAGCUGCAGUAAAUCUUAAAAUAUGUUAGAUAGUCGUACUAAUCAUAGGCUAAAAAAGCGAAAUUACAAAAAACAAAAAAACAAAAUCAAAAAAAGGAAUAUUUACGAUAAGAGGAAUGCUUUCAGCUUACAGCAAAAGGAAGCGGUACUUGUUGCAUUUCGAAUUUCAAAAGUAAGAGAGUUAAAGCGAAAAGGCGAAGAAAGUGAAAAAGUUAUUUGUGGAUCCACUAAUUUUCUUAGGAUUUGUAAUAGUUUGUUAGAUUUGUCCAACUUUUCGACAGUGAUUUGAGAAAAAAUAUUACUAUUUGAAAUAUUUUGGGGGGGCUGCAAAAUAUUUUUGGAUUGUCCCUUUUCAGCUUCCGUAGUUACUGAUCAAGGGGUCGUUGAAAUCAUUUUCAUGGUUAUCAGACCAAACAUGGACAAAAAAUGAUGGAUAGCCCUAUCCACGGGAAAAAUGCGUCAGAUUCCAGUAUAUUAGUAUUAAGAAAACCAAUUGUGUUAUUCAGUGAAGAGUGAUUUAUUUUACUUGGUGGAUAGUUUUAUCCACCUUUUAAACAAAUGUGGCCAGAGUCUUAAAAAAACUCAACCACAAACUGGACAAACCGUAUCAACUUUUCAGCUUUUUGAUAAGUGCGAUAGUUUUUCUCUUAGCACAUAACCGUAGGAGGAGAAAAUCGUCAGCAAUACCUCUCGGGAAAACGCUUUGAGACGAAAAUGAAAAACUAAGUCAAAAGUUCGCUUUAUUAUGUUACUAAGUAGGAAAAAAACGGAACAAAAUGUCAGUCCUGAACUAUUCAUAGCUAAUAGUAACGUUGGUGUGGUAUAAAAAAACUAGUCUCUAUUCCAAAAAGAACAGUAUAGUACACCUUGCUCCAAAAUGGUAACAAAUUUAGUAAGAGAGCUAAUUAGCAUAAGUAUAAAAGAAAAGUACAUUAAUUCCAUUACAGUGGAAGCUCUCGUAAGUGGACACCCUCGUGACGCGAAAAAGGUGUCCGUAACUGGAGAUGGUCGCUUACAGGAAUGUAAAAGUAUUGACAGAGUUUGUAGGGGUGUUGAGAAGUACAGGG